AGGGCACGCAGGCUCAGGCGUUUGUUUUGCGGCGCCUGCCCUUCGCAACGUAGCAGCCCCGCGCAAUGGGACUUUUCCGGGUCGCCCUGGUGACAAUCCUGGCAGUCUCUGUGCGAGGCUUGGAUGUGGCCGCCCACACGCGUGCCCAUCGCCGGCACCGGCACCGGCGGGCGUCGGCCGGGCCGACCAGCGCGCCGACUGCAGCAACUGGCGUGCCGAGCGCAACAAACGACGCGCCACCCGCGGCGAAAGUGAGGCUGUCCACAGAAGGCGCUGACAGCGCGGGCCAGGCUCAAGUGGACUCUAUGGUGCACCUGGACUCCGCCGCGCAAGAGAUGAUGCCGGAGGUGGUGGGCAGCAUCCUCAAGGCAGCAGCCAAGAAAUCUUCGCUGGACGAGUUGGACAAGACCAAGAUGGCUGAGGGUCAUUUGCUGAAGGGCCAAGAGGAGCUGCUGGCCACAAACGCCAGCGGCCUGGAUCGUUCCGCCUUGGAGCAGGAGGUGGAGUCCACCAAGACGAUGCUCCAGGAGCUGGACGGGAAGAUGGCUGCCCAGCGACAGGAAGCCUUGCAGAUCGUGAAGAAGGCCCUGGUGGAAGCGAAGACGGUGCAGGAGCAGGCGAGCAGCGAGGAGCAAACUCAGGUGGAGGCGGAGAAAGUGGCACGCCAUGAAGUGGAGGUGGCCAAAGAGAAGCAGCAGACGGCCAAGAAGGUCAUUGAUGAGGGCAUGAAGGUUCUGGAUGUCUUCGCGGAUGGCGAUGUCACCAUAACUGGGACGCCGCAGGCUUCCCAAGACGCGAGUGAGCCGCAGGAGCUGAGCUAGGGUGGAGGCGCAUGGAAUCAGAUUGGGCAAAAUGGCAAAGGGAAUGUGGCAACAAAGAGUGCCACAAGGAGAAAGCAAGCCCAAAGUUAUGUUUCGCCUCACUUCAGGGUCAGGGCAAGCAAACGCCAAAGCCCAAGCACAGCGGCGAGC